AAGAGAGGCUAAAUCAAAAAAAUCUCCCGGCCUCUGCGGCGCUCUCUGCCCCUAUCGCUUCGGUUCGCCGGCGGCACCGCCUCUUUUGCCCGCUCGCCCGCCAUGUCGUUGCUCGCCGCAGCCACUCCCACCACCUCCGCUCACUUCUCCGCACCCCUCCUCCCCUCCUCCCACACGCACCGCCGGGCCGUCGCCGCCCCACUCCGCCGCACCCGCCGUCCUCGCCUGGCCACCGUCGUCGCCUCCGUCCCCGACCCCGCCGCGGGGCCGGUGGAGUACACGCCCUGGCUCAUCGCUGGCCUCGGAAACCCAGGCAACAAGUACUACGGCACGCGGCACAAUGUGGGGUUUGAGAUGGUGGAUCGCAUCGCGCGGGAGGAGGGGAUCACGAUGAACACAAUCCAGUCCAAGUCGCUGCUGGGAGUAGGUUCAAUUGGUGAGGUGCCAGUCUUACUGGUAAAACCGCAAUCAUACAUGAACUACAGUGGGGAGGCAAUUGGACCUCUUGCAGCCUAUUAUCAAGUACCACUACGACACAUCCUCUUGGUUUAUGAUGACAUGAGUCUGCCCAAUGGUGUACUAAGGCUUCAAAGGAAAGGUGGUCAUGGUCGCCACAAUGGGUUACAGAAUGUGAUUGAGCAUUUGGAUGGCCGCCGGGAGUUUCCUCGUUUAUCUAUUGGCAUUGGUAGCCCACCCGGAAAAAUGGACACACGAGCUUUCCUUCUGCAGAAGUUCAGUUCAGAGGAACGAGUGCAGAUUGACACUGCUCUGGAGCAAGGGGUGGACGCUGUGAGGACCCUUGUGCUUAAGGGUUUUAGCGGGAGUAUUGAAAGAUUCAACCUGGUGCAGAAGUAUAAGUUCCACAGGGUUUGAAUGCUUGAGGAUCUGUUAAAUGCUUGGGUUAACUUCUGCAAGAAACGAGAUACGCUCCAACAUCAUUGGUAGUGUUGGAUGUGGUAAUUUGCAGUUUUGAACUACACACAUAGGUGUACUGAGUUGCUGCCAGCCUGCCAAAGUGUCCUGCAGUUUUGAGGAUAUUAAGAACUCAUCAGGGUGUACAUAAGGUCAGUGGCAGAGCUUGAUGACCAACCCAGGGGGGCAAAGCUGUGAAAUCCAUGCUAGGAUUUGAAUUUUUCUUAGUAUAGAAAUGGUGAAAUUAGAUGGUUCCUAACGAACUUUGCGGAAGGAGGGGCCAUGCCACCCCUUUGGCCUUAAUGAAACUCUGUUUCUGCAUAAGUUAGUAUUUUCUCCACAUUUUCCUUACGAGAACAUAUGACUGGCUGAAUUUGGAGUAUAAAAUAGGUUAAAUUUGACAAAGGCCUUGUAUUUCUUCUGUAAGCUGAUGACUAAGACAUUUGAAUUUGAUAUAAAGAGAAAAUAUAGACCAUUUUGAUCCUC